CCGCCGGCAGCAGCGGAGGAGGCAUCACCCCAGGCAGGCUGUCCUCUUAGAACUGCGGCUUCGUUUGUAUGGAACGACGAAACGGGACUUGCGGCUGCCGUCUCUACCGUGGCCUCCUUUGCUUCGCGCGCUAGCGCAGAGAAUCCUCGGCCCGGGAAAGCCUCCUUUGCUCCGCGCUUGGGCACCUAAGGAGCGCCUGUUAAGCCUGCGGCCGCUCUUGUCAAGUUGCGCAAACGCCCCGCGCCGAGGCUCAGCAUCUUCUCUUUGCGCGGCUGGGGCGUGCGCCUAUGUGUCUGGUUGCCCACGGAGUUUUGCUCAUUACACGUACCUCAGCUGUCGUCCCUCUCACUCGCCUUGGAAGUCGCCCUCUAGUUUAAAAACAAAAACUCCGAGUUUUCCAAGGGAAAGCGUUGCAUCACUGGAUUGCCUUGGGAUUUAUCAUAUCAGCCCGUGCUUGAAGUUUUGCGAAGCGGCAUGGUGGGGCUAAAGAUGCUUCCGUUGAAGCUGCUCUUGGUAGCCAUGGUCCUCUGCUUCUUCGAAGGGGAGACCAAGUUUGGUGAGAGCAGUACCAAGAGGAGAAGGUGCUUGAACGGCAGCACCCCCAGGCGCCUCAAAAAGCGGGAUAGGAGGCUGAUGCUCCUGGAGCCACCCAACGGAGGGGAGCUGCUGUGCCAGGGAUUCUACCCUCGCCUGUCCUGCUGCUCCAGGGCUGAGAGACAAGGUUUGCUCCAGAUGGAGAGCAACAAGAUCUUUUCUGUUACCAACAACACAGAAUGUGUGAAGCUGCUGCAGGAAAUCAGAUGUGCUCACUGUUCACCGAAUGCUCAGAAUCUGUUCCACUCAACUGUGAAAGAAGCAUUGGAAAGAGAAUUAGCCCUUCCUUUCCUGUGCAAGGAUUAUUGCAAAGAAUUCUAUUACACUUGCAGAGGUCACAUCCCAGGUUUGCUCCAAAUUACUGCUGACGACUUUUGUUUCUACUAUGCAAGAAAAGAUGGUGGCUUCUGCUUUCCAGAUUUCCCAAGAAAACAAGUUCGAGGACCAGCUUCUAACUAUUUGGAUCAAAUAGAAGAAUAUGGCAAAGGAGAAGAUAUCAGCAGGAAACAUAAACACAACUGCUUUUGCAUCCAUGAAGUUGUAAGUGGUUUCAGGCAACCUGUUGGAGCAGUACAUUCUGGGGAUGGAUCACACCGUCUUUUCAUCCUUGAGAAGGAAGGAUAUGUAAAAAUAUUAACACCUGAAGGAGAUAUAGUCAAAGAACCAUUUCUGGACAUACACAAAGUUGUUCAAAGUGGAAUAAAGGGUGGAGAUGAAAGAGGGCUCCUAAGUCUUGCAUUCCAUCCCAGUUACAAAAAAAAUGGGAAGCUGUAUGUGUCCUAUACCACCAACCAAGAGCGAUGGGCUAUUGGGCCUCAUGACCAUAUUCUUCGGAUAGUAGAAUACACUGUGUCCAGGAAAAAUCCACACCAGGUUGAUACAAGGACUGCAAGAAGUUUUCUAGAAGUUGCAGAACUACAUAGAAAACAUCUUGGAGGACAGCUGUUCUUUGGUGCUGAUGGUUUUUUAUACAUAUUCCUUGGUGAUGGAAUGAUCACGAUAGAUGAUAUGGAGGAGAUGGAUGGUCUGAGUGAUUUUACAGGUUCAGUACUGCGCUUGGAUGUAGACACUGAUUUCUGCCAUGUGCCUUAUUCCAUACCACAGUCUAACCCACACUUUAACAGCACUAAUCAGCCUCCCGAAAUAUUUGCCCAUGGACUCCAUAAUCCAGGCAGGUGUGCUGUGGAUCGCCAUCCAACAGAUGUAAAUAUUAAUUUAACAAUACUUUGUUCAGACUUGAAUGAGAAGAACAGAUCAUCAGCAAGGAUCCUUCAGAUAAUAAAGGGGAAAGAUUAUGAAAGCGAACCUUCACUUUUAGAAUUCAAGCCAUUCAGUUCUGGGCCAUUGGUUGGUGGAUUUAUAUACAGAGGCUGCCAGUCUGAAAGACUUUAUGGAAGUUAUGUAUUUGCAGACCGCAAUGGAAAUUUUUUAACACUACAACAGAGUCCUAUUACAAGACAGUGGCAAGAAAAACCAUUAUGUCUGGGCAACAGUGGUUCAUGUCAAGGUUUCUUUGCUGGACAUAUUUUAGGAUUUGGUGAAGAUGAAUUAGGUGAGGUUUACAUCUUAGCAAGCAGUAAAAGCAUGACACAAUCACAUAAUGGAAAACUCUAUAAAAUCAUUGAUCCCAAAAGGCCUUUUGUUCCAGAAGAAUGUAAAAGAACAGCAUUUCCUGCCCAGAUAUUGACAUCUGAAUGCUCAAGGCAUUGCCAAAAUGGGCACUGCACUCCCACUGGAAAAUGUUGUUGUAAUCAAGGCUGGGAAGGAGAAUUUUGCCGAACCGCAAAGUGUGAUCCAUCCUGUCGACAUGGCGGUGUCUGCAUACGACCAAAUAAAUGUUUGUGUAAAAAAGGAUACCUUGGUUCUCAAUGCGAACAAGUGGACAGAAACAUCCGAAGAGUGACAAGGGCAGGUAUUCUUGAUCAGAUCAUAGACAUGACAUCUUAUUUGCUGGAUCUAACCAGCUACAUUGUAUAGUUUCUGGGACUAUUUGGAGACUACAUUUUCAAUGGGCAUUUAUUUUUGAAUCUUCUCUUUCCUUUUAUUUGUAAAGACUGUUUUCCUGCUUUGAAACUCCAGUGAUUCCUUUGGGUUUGUAAAUCUCUUUAUUUUCAGACAAGCAGAAAUGUACCCAUUCACUCACAAGUAUCUGAUUGCAUAACUAGUGGAACAUUAACAUUGUAUUUCCUCAUGUGGAAUAGUUUACACAGAAAUUCCACUGGUAGCUACAAAAAAAAAAAAUCUGAUGUCACUAUAAAUUAUUUGAUGUCCUACCAGUGUUAAGUUUAUAAGUAUUUUAUUAUUGCAAUCAGAAAGGAGUUCUGAAAUUUUGGACAUAAUUAGACAAAAAAAGGUACAAAAAAUGUCCAAUGGAUUCAGAUGACCAAUUUCUAUCCAGUGUAACACAUGACCUUUUUUUUCCUUCCAUUAAGAACUUUUCUUUGAAACUGUUAAAAAAAGCUAAUGUAGCAAGAGCUACAGGUAGCCCUUGCUUAGCAACUACAUUUGGGACUAGCAACUCAGUCAUUAAGCAAAGCAGUCACUAAGUGAA